CAAAUGUUGCUACAAUUCAACAGAUAACUAUGCGGAAGUUUGGCUUUAAGCUGCCCGAAAUCAUUUCCAUUAGCUCUUUAGAUAAAGCUGCAUUUGAUAUUCUUCCUUAACCCCUCGCAGUCUGCCCCUCAGCAGCAUUACUUGGCACAGGAGCCCCGCCUUUGAAAUGAAACCUAAGCAUUCUUAGACUGCUAGGCUGCCCUCCUCAGAACGCUCCACUCAGUCUUGUGGCUUCUCCGACAAACUGGAGCCUAGGAUGAUCAGAAAAUGAAACCAAGAUGGACCAGCGGAUUGAUGAGGACCGGGGGCACCUGGAAAGGAGAGCCGCUCCCACCUGCUGUACUGUCUGCGGUUCCUACUUCUUGCUGUUCAAGCGCCCCAGUGAAAACCUGAGAGAGAUAAGAGAGCAGACGGACUGCCAGCCUACCCCCCACCCUUGCCUACAAACACAUCAACUUUCCACUUGCCGUGACCUGCUCUCCAGGGUGACUUGUCAGCUGUUCGGGUUUUGUCUCUAAAAGAAAACAAAUCGUGGAAUGUAUUGCUCUACAUGCUAAUAAAAUGGCUGAGGCAGCUCAGGGGUUAUGAGGUUGGCGAAUUAGGAGCAUAAUGAUCGUUUCUGACCUCCUGGCACACAGCGGUAUUUAUCAGGAGGUGCAUGUGACUGGUUAAGACACAGAGCCCCAGCUUGAAGGAAACAGCUGCUUGCCCAGUGCUCUGGCUCUUGGCAGCUGAACAGAAAGGGUGCUGAUGUGAGGAAUACCAACCAACCACCCCAGUUCUCCAAAGUACUUACUCUUGGAGUUGGGUAAACCAGUUCAGCAGACUACGUCCCCAGUGCAUUUUCUAAUGAUGAUAACUGCCCUUAGAACUCUUUCAGACCUGGAUAUCUGUCUGUAUGAGACCGAUAGAGUCUUGAAACUUUAGGACCACCCCUAAGCACAAACACCACCAGCUUGCAUGAUUAUGGAGAUGGUCUGCAUGAUGUCGAAAAGGCCCCUAGUUUUUUGACAACGGUUGAAAAACCAUGGGGUCAAGUGGACUUGGGAAAGCGGCAACGUUAGAUGAGCUGCUGAGCACUUGCAUUGAAAUGUUUGAUGACAAUGGAGAGCUGAAUAAUAGUUAUUUGCCAAGAAUAGUUCUACUGAUGCACCGAUGGUAUUUAUCUUCCACUGAAUUGGCAGGAAAACUUCUCUGCAUGUACCGAAAUGCCAGUGGGGAAAGCUGUGAUGAAUUUCGAUUAAAGAUCUGCUACUUCAUGAGGUACUGGAUUCUGAAGUUUCCUGCAGAGUUUAAUUUGGACCUUGGUUUGAUCCAUAUGACUGAGGAAUUCCGGGAAGUAGCUAGUCAACUGGGAUACGAGAAACACGUCAGCCUCAUUGACAUAUCCAGCAUCCCUUCCUAUGACUGGAUGAGAAGAGUCACACAGAGGAAAAAAGUAUCCAAGAAGGGAAAAGCCUGUCUGCUGUUUGACCAUCUGGAGCCCAUUGAAUUGGCCGAGCACCUCACUUUUCUGGAGCAUAAAUCAUUCAGAAGGAUCUCAUUCACUGAUUACCAAAGCUAUGUCAUCCAUGGCUGCCUGGAGAAUAACCCAACCUUGGAGAGAUCUAUUGCUUUAUUUAAUGGAAUCUCUAAGUGGGUCCAGUUGAUGGUUCUUAGCAAACCAACCCCUCAGCAAAGGGCAGAAGUCAUCACAAAGUUUAUCAAUGUUGCCAAGAAGCUCCUUCAGCUCAAAAAUUUUAACACCCUGAUGGCUGUGGUGGGAGGCCUUAGUCAUAGUUCCAUUUCCCGGCUCAAAGAGACCCAUUCUCAUCUUUCUUCAGAAGUUACCAAGAACUGGAAUGAAAUGACGGAGCUGGUCUCCUCCAACGGCAAUUACUGUAAUUACCGCAAGGCCUUUGCCGACUGUGAUGGCUUCAAAAUCCCAAUCCUUGGCGUCCACUUGAAAGACUUGAUAGCUGUCCAUGUCAUUUUCCCAGACUGGACGGAAGAGAACAAAGUGAACAUUGUGAAAAUGCAUCAGCUCUCCGUUACCCUGAGUGAACUGGUCUCCCUGCAGAAUGCCUCUCCCCACUUAGAACCCAACCUGGAUUUGAUCAACUUGCUCACGCUUUCUCUGGACCUCUAUCACACAGAAGAUGAUAUUUACAAACUAUCACUGGUGCUGGAGCCUAGAAAUUCUAAAUCGCAGCCUACCUCCCCUACGACACCCACUAAGCCCAUGGUGCCUCUGGAGUGGGCCUCAGGAGUGCUGCCGAAGCCAGACCCAACGGUCAUCAACAAGCACAUAAGGAAGUUAGUUGAGUCUGUGUUUAGAAACUAUGACCAUGACCAUGAUGGGUACAUCUCCCAAGAGGACUUUGAAAGUAUAGCUGCCAAUUUUCCCUUCUUGGAUUCCUUUUGUGUGCUGGACAAAGAUCAGGAUGGCCUCAUUAGUAAAGACGAAAUGAUGGCUUACUUCCUGAGAGCUAAGUCCCAACUACACUGUAAAAUGGGACCUGGAUUUGUCCAUAAUUUUCAGGAGAUGACCUAUCUCAAGCCAACCUUCUGUGAACACUGUGCAGGAUUUCUCUGGGGCAUAAUCAAGCAAGGCUACAAAUGCAAAGACUGUGGAGCCAAUUGUCACAAGCAGUGCAAAGACCUCCUGGUUUUGGCCUGCAGGAGAUUUGCCCGGGCGACCUCCGUGGGCAGCAGUCAUGGGUCACUGCCUGGAAGUCCCUCAUUGCCCCCAGUGCAGGAUGAGGUGUUUGAGUUCCCUGGCGUUGCUGCUGGACACCGAGACCUGGACAGCAGAGCCAUCACACUGGUCACAGGCUCCUCUCGCAAGAUCUCCGUGCGGUUGCAGCGGGCCACCACCAGCCAGGCCACCCAGACCGAACCUGUGUGGUCAGAAGCUGGCUGGGGAGACUCAGGGUCCCACACCUUCCCCAAAAUGAAAUCCAAGUUCCAUGACAAAGCAACAAAGGACAAAGGCUUUGCCAAGUGGGAAAAUGAGAAGCCCAGGGUGCAGGCUGGUGUGGAUGUUGUUGACCGAGGCACUGCAUUUGAACUGGACCAGGAGGAAGCAGACAUGGGUGAGACUAGACAGGACGGUGAGGACGGCUGACUUCAGGCUGAGGACCUUGAAGGCGAUCGUGUUGGCAUUUGGAAAGAGCAAGAUGAGAAACUCUGAAGAACCCUCCAGCUCUCAGGAAGUUAUCUGAAAAGAUAGCUGGACAUUUUACUGCCUUGUGACACUGUGGGAUCUCUCUGAUUAAACUGUGGGACAGAGGAUUUACCCUAUGAACUAUUUAUUUCCUCCUCCCCUGCCCCUAGUUAGGUGCCCCAAAGAGUGUGUUAUGUAGUUGGUAGUUUUCUCUAUCUUUCUCUAGAGCCACUUAUAUACGGGUGAAAUGAAAUCUUCUGUACAUGUACCUGAUAUUCAUUUUCUAAACUCAUACUUUGCUUUUUCCGUGAGAAUGUUAUUUUAGUAUUUUUAUAAACGUUUGAGGGGGGUGUUUAAUGAGGAGUCAAAUGAAGGGUCUUUUUGUGUGGUUUUAGGACUGGACCAGGACUUAACAUUUUCUUGAGGGAUAAGAAGGCUCUUCGGGUCAUGGAAUGUAAUGGUUCUUCUAAUGAUGGUCUGUUUCAAGGAGAAGCUCUUUGCAUUGUUCUAACUGUAACAUUGCUAUUAUGAUGUGUAACGAGUCACACUUUUAUAGUCAUAUGUCUUACCAAUUCUGUAUCACAGGGAAGCUAUGACAUAGCCAAUAAAACUCUCCUAAUAUUCCUAAUUGCCAUAGCGGAAGAUUAACUCAA